AUGGGUCUGAUGCUGGAGGAGGACACGCUGGCCGUGCCGUUGGAGCAGCGGAUGGAGCGGAAGGAAACCCUGCAGAGGGAGCACGUGGAGGAGCACAGGGCUGCACUGCGCCGGGUCAUCACGCUGUUGGUGGGGCCGGCGCCUUACGGAACGUUUGACGACGUCGGGCAGCACCACCAGCCGGAGAGGAGCGAGAGCUUCCCGCCGGCGGGGUCCAGGCAGCGCAUGAGCUGGAACGAUCUGAUCGAGCGGGUAUUCGACAAGGACGUGGACGGCCGCCUCGUGCUGCGGAGCUCUGUUCUUCUCUGA